AAUUAUAUUUUAUAGUUUGGGCAGUGAGAUUAUGUGGGAUAGGGUUACAAUUACAACACAAGUGGUUUUCAAACUUUGAUUUGGGGAUUUCAUAUUCCAAGGCAUGGAUUCGUCACCUCCUGCAAAACGGCGUCGUGAGAGCAAAGACGGCGAAAGUGAAGAAUCAACGUUGUCACCGGUGGUGAUCUUCGCUCACGGUGCUGGUGCUCCUUCCUCCUCUGAUUGGAUGCAAAGAUGGAAGAACAUGUUAAAGGAGGCAUUGCAUGCUGUUGAUGUUGUCACUUUUGACUAUCCUUACAUGUCUGGAAAAAAGAGGGCUCCUCCUAAGGCAGAAAAACUGGUGGAGUUUCACUCAAAUAUUGUCAAGGAAACUGCAACUAAGUACCCUGGUCAUCCCGUGAUACUUGCAGGCAAAUCAAUGGGUUCAAGAGUUGGUUGCAUGGUGGCUAGCGAGAAAGACAUUAAUGUUUCUGCUGUUGUAUGCUUGGGCUACCCAUUAAAGGGAAUCAAUGGUGCAAUUAGAGAUGAAACACUGUUACAACUAACAGUUCCUACAAUGUUUGUACAGGGCAGCAAGGAUGGUCUCUGUCCACUUGAGAAGUUAGAAGCUACUCGGAAGAAGAUGAAAGCACCAAAUGAGCUGCAUAUCAUCAAUGGUGGUGACCACUCUUUCAAGAUUGGUAAGAAGCACCUGCAAGCAAACAAUUCCACCCAAGAUGAAGCUGAAGAUGCUGCUGUGCAGGCCAUUUCUGCUUUCAUUUCCAGAUCACUUGAAGGAUGAAGAAUGCCCCUACAUUUGUUACUCCUUUAGUGUAUCAAGGUUUGUAUAUACGAAUUGUUGUAUCAUGCAUGGUGGUAAUCUAGGCCUUGUUCUGGUAGGUGGGCAGUAAUUAUACUUUUGGGAAUUUGGUUUUCCUUUUCCUUCGUUAACAGAAUAGACAUAUAUGGUGAUACUGUUAGUUUAACUAAAUGCAGUUUUAUAUAUCUGUGCUAUCUCUUGCUUGGAUCGGCGUUUUCAUCUUAGAGAAUAACAUAUGAUGCCAUUACUGUAGUAUGAAAUCUGUACCAACAUAUUUAGUAAUUUU